CCGACUCUAUAGUUCUCUUUUAUCUAUUACACAUGGGUGGAAGUUCACAGUCGUGAACUAUGACGAGCUUCGCAUUCCCGCGUUUCAUCCUUCGAUUUGGGGUUUCUUCCAAGCCCUCUUCAACCAACGCCAGAAACCAUGGUUUCUUCAUCUUCUCCACCAACAAAAGAAGAUACAGUACAUCUAAACCCUUAUUGUCUCAACAGUCAAGUGAAGCAGAGUUACUGGUGGUGGUUGGCGGUGGAGCAGCUGGAAUUUAUGGAGCAAUUAGGGCUAAAACCAUUGCACCAAAUCUGAAUGUGGUUGUUAUUGAAAAAGGGAAGCCCUUGUCAAAGGUUAAAAUUUCUGGAGGUGGCCGAUGCAAUGUGACAAAUGGGCAUUGUAGUGACAAUUUGAUUUUGGCAGAACAUUAUCCUAGGGGUAAUAAGGAACUUAGAGGCUCUUUCUUCAGUAUGCAUGGUCCCAAGGAUACCAUGUCCUGGUUUUCUGAUCUUGGGGUGGAACUGAAGAAUCGAGUGUUACCAUUCUGGUGUCAGACUGAGGAUGAUGGAAGGGUAUUUCCAGUCAGUAACAACUCAUCUUCUGUAGUCGAUUGCCUCUUGUCAGAAGCAAAGCAAAGGGGAGUUUUGCUGCAGACUGGCAAAGUUGUUACAACUGCAUCUGUGACUGUGGGUGGGAAAUUUCUUCUGAAGAUUGAGAAGCGUACAAUAGAUUUUGUAGACUAUGUUGAAGCUGAUUAUCUAUUAAUUGCAAGUGGCAGUAGCAAGCAGGGAUAUACUCUUGCUACACAAGUGGGUCAUUCUAUAGUAGAACCAGUACCAAGCCUAUUCACUUUCAAGAUUGACGAUCCCCAGUUGGCAGAGUUGUCUGGGGUUACAUUUCCUAAAGUUAAAGCGAAGUUAAAGUUAGAAACUGUUGGGAGGAGUAUACCACAACUUACACAGGUUGGACCCAUGUUAGUCACACACUGGGGACUGAGUGGGCCAGUAAUCCUUCGGUUAUCUGCUUGGGGAGCCCGUAAUUUGUUCAGUUCAGAUUAUGAAGGAAUACUACACGUGGAUUUUAUUCCUGAUGUUCAUAUUGAUGAUGUGAAGUCCAUUCUUAUUCAACACAAGAAUCAGUUUGUGAAGCAAAAAGUGCUCAAUUGGUGUCCUUCUAAACUUGGCCUUGUAAAAAGAUUUUGGAAAUAUAUAUUGGAUCGUGAGGGUUUAAAUGGGGAUAUCUUGUGGGCUUCUGUUUCAAAUAACACAUUACUAUCUGUUGCUUCUCUGUUGAAGCAGUACUCAUUUAGAGUGAAAGGGAAGGGCCAAUUUAAGGAUGAAUUUGUCACAGCUGGAGGAGUUCCUUUGUCUGAGAUCACACUCAGCACAAUGGAGAGCAAGAUCCAGUCAGAUCUAUUCUUUGCUGGAGAGGUACUGAAUAUUGAUGGAGUAACUGGUGGUUUCAAUUUCCAGAAUGCUUGGUCUGGUGGAUACAUUGCAGGAACAAGCAUCGGCAAUCUGGCAGUGGCUGCUAAACUGAACGAGGAAGUUGUAAGAUAAGCCUACCAACAUAGCAGUCAACCUGAGUUAGAACGUUUGCACUCCGACAAUGUUAUUAUAAGAUUUCAGCUACCGAACAGGGCGUGAUUUUCCAAGAAGCUUGGAGGUAGGAGCUCAAAAGGUCCCAAUCAAAUCGUGAACUGAAUAUUAUCUUCAAUUUCGAUCCUCAUCGUCUUUUCCUCAUUUUGCUACGCAAGCCUUGAAUUUGUCAUCCACACGAGUUGGCUUUGGGAAUACUUGAAUGCUAUGUGAAGAGACAGAAUUAUGAACAUGUUUAGUUGUACAUGAAUUCUGGGUUUUGCUCUUAGCAGUUGGUGGUUGUACAUGAGGUUGACAACCAAAAAUAAAAAGGUUAAAAAGAAAGUCCAAAAGAAUGAAAAGGAAUUGAAAUGAAAGUCGUCAUCAAGUAUCGAAUCUCACAAAUUCUGGUAGCAUAUCCAUUGAUGCUAUGGGUUUCUUUAUAUUUUGAGUAA